AUGGAUGUAUAUUUUGGUGGAACUAGGAGUAAAGUAAAAAGAUUGGAGUUCAUUGAUUGCUUUAAGAAUAAGUGUUGGGGAGAUAAUGAUGAGGACGCUGUUAAGUUUGUAAUUUUGUUUUUUAUAAAUACAUACAUCUUUUGCGGUGAGCCUAGGAAAACGAAUAUACCAAGGGUUCAUUUUGAAGUGGUUGAGGAUGGAAGGUAUGUAGAUUAUCCAUGGGGCAAAGAUGCUUUUAACGAGUUGAUUAGAAGCAUCAGCAAGAAGUAUUCUGCCACAACACAGUAUUAUAAGAUCCAUGGGAUGCCACUGGCUAUGCAAGUUUGGCUUUAUGAGUGUUGUUCAAGAGUUCCAUCGUAUCUCGCUAUUAAAUCCGUAAAUUCCAUUCCAAGAAUGUUGAAUUGGAGGUCCAUCGACAGUCAGCCAAAAUAUAAUAUUUUGAUGGAAGACAUUUUUAGAGACGGCAAACAGUCGAGCUGUACAUUUGCUAAUACAAUCCCCACUAGCAGUGAGUUGGAGAGCCUCCAAUUGCCCGAUGUUGUUGUCUGUCGAGAUACAGUAGACAAAAAUGUCUUAGUUGAUGCCAAUGAAGGUACCCAAGUCACAGAUAUGCCAGUGGAUGACUUUGAUGAUUUCAGUACUACUCCCCCCCACCUUUCUAAGGGCAAACAACAACAACGGACGAAUCAGACAGAUUCUCCACCUUCAAAGAGACGCAGACAACUUCCUACAACAGCUUCCACAUCUAAAAAACAACAAAUCCACACCGAACCACAGACAACUGUGAAGAAGAGUCACAAGGAUCAAAAGGUUGCUCAAAAGCCUAUUUUACAGAAGUCUGCUUCACCAAAGUUGAAUGAACAAAUGAAUAGACCCCAAAACACCACAGUCCUACGCGAUGUCCCUACUAUAUCCAUGAAAGAGGAAAUGCAAUUGCUAAGGAAAGAUUUUCAAGUUUUCAAGGAAUCAGUCGUUGGUGAAUUCACAAGUGAGUUGUCCAAGCUUCGAACUUUCAUGGAUGACAACUUCAAGAAGCUAUUUGAAGCAAUCAAGGUGAACAAUUCUGCGGACAAGGCUGCCGAUAGUGAGGCGCCGGAGCAUCAAACUGAUGUUGGGCUACAGUUAACGCCUGAAGAAAACUUACGUCAUGAUUCUACCAUUCAAACAUCUCCUCCGAAACAUGAUGAUGAGUCAAUUAAGGGUGUUGGACCAAAGUUACAUGAGGAAGUUCCGGAAAUUGUAGUGACCGCCGGAAAUUUAAGAGCAGAUACACGUAAAGCUUCAUCUGAAGAGAUUAAUCGGGCGGACGAAGGAUCUUUCAACUCAACAGAGGGAAUGGUCGCAGAGAUGCUCAUUGAGUUGCCUCUAGAAACUCGUGUACCAGAAGCAGGUGCGGAAAUACAACCCGGGGACAUCACUGAUCAUUCAAUUUUAGAGACUCCACACAGGUUCGAUGAGAACAUUACUAGGUCACAAUGGUUGAUCCCUGACGAAAUGUUACCAAGCCAAAUAGGUUCGUCAGGAUUAUCUGUGUGUCAUCAAACGGGUCACAAAGGAUUUGUUAUGCCAGUAAUGUCUGCUGAUAAAGGAAUACAACAGCCAGUGAUUAAUGCGGAAGUUGUAAUUGCUCAACCAGAUGUUAUUCCAACUAGGAUAGUCAAACCUAGUAAAUACUUCAGUUCACCUUACAUGACCAAUUACGGCUCUGCAGAAGCUUCUGUUCAAGACCCCACACCUUCCAUAUUUGAAAAGAAGCAUCCAUUUGUUGAAGAUCCAAUUAAUGGCCCGCGAAAUACUUCGCUUAUUCAACAAUACCGGAAUUGUCUUGAACAGGAUCUACUUCUAAGGCAUGAUAAAAAAAAGGGUAAGGAAAGCCGUUACAAAAAGAAUAAGCAAGCUUUGGAUCUAGAUGACAUCAAUUUUGGCUUCAAUUUUGGUGUGUUACAUGUUGAUGACAAAAACUGGUUCUAUCUCUUAUCGAUGAAUGGCCAGUCUUGGAAUGAUGAGCAUAUUGAUGUCAUUUUUUACUACUUGCGGAAGAAAGGCAAGUACGACAAGGAUAACAGGUUCAAAUCCACAACUGUUGACUGUAUGUUCUUCUCCAAAAUUGAUGAAAUUCAUCGUGCAUAUGCUAAUCCGGAGGGGACCAGUAGUGUUGCCAGUUCGGAGAACGAAAUAUGCGAGUACAUUAACGGGCAUAGGAUGCUGGCUAAUCUGCCAUGGCAUACAGUUGAUUGUGUUCUCAUCCCUGUCAACAUCAAAGAGGAAAAUCACUGGAUCUUGAUUAUAGUGCCAUUCACUGACAGGGAUUGUGGUGUGUAUGUUGCCGCAUUUGCUGAAUACUUUUGUUCUGGACGAGGCGUUCCAUCUGAAAUUGAUGCAGAAACACUACGUAAUAGAUACGGGGCAUUACUAUGGGAAUACGGAUGGCAAAAGGCUGAUUUGAAUGCCUUCAGUGACAAUGAACUGCCGCCAAGACCAGUUAGGCCUGCCAUAGAUUACAACGCGGUCGACACAAUAGUUGUUAAUUAG